AUGGCUAAAUUAAGAGACUGCCUCAUUGCCAGGAAUGUGGUGGUUACUGUGGUGCUCAUUCUGCAUCUCCUGAUCCUCCCAUUGGUUCCAGGAGAAAGUGAUGUGGAGAGUUCAAAGUUAAAGGUGAAGAUGGCAGUAGGUUCAAGUCCACCCAAGUGUGUGAACAAAUGCUUAGGUUGCAAGCCUUGCAUGGCUGCACUUGUCAUUAGUCCACCACUCAAGGCUUCAUCGACGUCUAUAUUCGUCCGAGAUGAGAGCUAUUAUCUUCUUUCCUGGAAAUGCAAAUGCAGAAACAAGUAUUAUCAGCCUUGA